UGGAAGCCAGCACAGGCAGGGAAGCUCAGCUGAGUAGAAUGAGAGGAGGCCAAGACACAGCCCAUUCCCCUUGACAGGGCUGGGUUCCCCAGCACAUGGGCUACUGCUGCACUGUGAUGGUGCAUCACAGAGCUUGCUUUGACAGCGGGCAGGAGGAGUGGGGCGGCAGCUUGUGUGCCCAGCGACUUGUCCCCUGAGGAGUGCCAGGAGCUUGAGAACAUCCGGCAACGCAAGCAGGAGCUGCUGGCAGACAUACAGCGCCUGAAAGAUGAGAUAGCAGAGGUGACUAAUGAAAUCGAGAACCUGGGGUCCACAGAAGAGAGGAAAGCAAUGCAGAGAAACAAGCAGGUAGCGAUGGGCAGGAAGAAGUUCAACAUGGACCCUAAGAAGGGGAUCCAGUUCUUGAUUGAAAAUGACUUGCUGAAGAACACAUGUGAUGACAUUGCCCAGUUCCUCUACAAGGGGGAAGGACUCAAUAAGACGGCCAUUGGUGAUUACUUGGGUGAAAGAGAUGACUUCAAUAUCCAGGUAUUGCAUGCAUUUGUGGAGCUGCAUGAGUUUACUGACCUCAACCUGGUGCAGGCACUGCGGCAGUUCCUCUGGAGCUUCCGGCUGCCAGGGGAAGCUCAGAAGAUUGACAGGAUGAUGGAGGCUUUUGCACAGCGAUAUUGCCAAUGCAACCCCGGCGUCUUCCAGUCAACAGAUACUUGUUACGUGCUCUCCUUUGCCAUCAUCAUGCUCAACACCAGCCUGCAUAACCCCAACGUCAAGGACAAGCCAACGGUGGAGCGAUUUAUUGCCAUGAACCGUGGCAUCAAUGACGGCGGAGAUCUGCCUGAGGAGCUGCUGAGGAACCUCUAUGAGAGUAUAAAAAACGAGCCUUUCAAAAUUCCCGAGGAUGAUGGCAAUGACCUGACGCAUACCUUCUUCAAUCCCGACCGCGAAGGCUGGCUUCUGAAACUUGGAGGUGGACGGGUGAAGACGUGGAAACGGCGAUGGUUCAUCUUGACAGAUAACUGCCUUUACUACUUUGAGUAUACCACGGACAAGGAACCACGAGGCAUCAUCCCACUGGAGAAUCUGAGCAUCCGUGAGGUAGAGGAUUCAAAAAAGCCAAAUUGCUUUGAGCUGUAUAUUCCUGACAACAAAGACCAGGUGAUUAAGGCCUGCAAGACUGAGGCAGAUGGGCGUGUUGUAGAAGGGAACCACACUGUGUACCGCAUCUCUGCACCCACCCCAGAGGAGAAGGAAGAGUGGAUCAAAUGCAUCAAAGCUGCCAUCAGCCGGGACCCGUUCUAUGAGAUGCUCGCAGCACGCAAGAAGAAGGUGUCCUCCACCAAGCGACAUUAGUCACCCUGGUCUACUUGAGUGGUGGUGGCAGCAUUGGCUGAUGAUGCCUUCCAGUUCCCUGGCAGAGGGGAAAGAAACUCUGCAAAACCACCUGCCACCCUGAGGGGGGACUAGCUUCAGCUUAUGCUAUUCUUUUCUGGCUUGGGAGCAGGAGGGAGGAGCUACAGUGAUAGCAGCCCUUUCUGACUCUUUAUCUACAAGGAGACCAUCUUCCCUGCUAGUCCCUCCACUGGUCUGCUUGAAGCCAACUGCAUCAUCAGUAGUCCAAAGGUUGGGAAGAGAGGAGGUCGAUCUCUUCCUGUCACUAUCAGUGUUGGCUGACUUGUUCAUUGCUUGAGCUGGUGGGGGUCAGAGUGUGUAAUGUAGGCUGUGCCCUACAAGGGGGCAAAAAACCAUUCAAGCUGCCACUGGGAAGACUUACUGCGCUAAGCUUUGGGUUGAUACUGUGAGGCCCAGAACUAGGCCUGAACUGUGUACUGUGAGGGCACUGAUCCUUCUGCAAUAACCAGGGGACAAGACCCUGGCUUUGCAAUGUAGAGAUUUUUGUGCCAUUCUGGCUUGAUGUUACUACCCUUUUCUUUAGUUCAGCAAGCCUUAUGGUUUAUUUUCUCCCAAAAGCAAUUGAGAUUCUUGAUUUCAGGGGGUUCUUCUUAAGAAAAGAAAAUCGUGAACCGUGUUGGGUUAAGACCAACUAAGAAUGCUGUUCCCAACAAUGAACAUGUGGAGUAGUGGGUCGGCACCUCCAAAAGCUUUAUUGUCCUUGUUCUAGAGGGCACUGACCUAGGAGCAUUUAUCAUCCUUUGUUACCUUCGCAGCUGAUAGCCCAAGAUCUUGAAGAGAAGAGAGCUGGCAGCACUCCUCACAUUACAAAAGGAGUUAGCAUAAAAGCGAUGUUUGUCCUGCUGGAAUUGCAUUUCAGCAGGGAUGGGGGGGUGGGGGUGGGGGAGGUUAGGGUAGAGGCUGCCCUGAAGCACAAGCAGGUGGGUGAUGUGGGAGAGCCCAGGGGAGGGGGAAAUAAGGGCAUGAUAAGUGGGGCUGCUGCUAAUAUUUGAAGUGUGCUGCUGGGGAGUUUCUGGCUGCCUUGGGGUUUGCAGUGGGGAAGGGAGAUCAUUAGAAGAUCGCCUUCCCCUUGUUAAAACGAUCAUGGUGCUGUUUAUCCAUUGGACAGCUUAGCAAACUCCUCUUCCCCAGCUCAGUAUUGGACUAUUUAUCUCAGAUGUACAUACUCUCUGUAUAGUUCCCCCCCCCUUUUAGAUUUAUUUGUAUUUGUUUUAAAUAAGAAAACUGUUUUUGUGAAACAGAACAGGUUACCGAGGCAUUGCUGUGGCACAAGGGGAAAGCAAGGGGGUUGUGGGAGGAGGGUGGAAAGUAUUCCCGUUCAAACAGUUUGGGUACAGUUUUAUUCUGAAUCGUUUCCCUUUUUUAAAAUCUUGGCCACAAUCUUGUGAAUCUAGCACAGAGCAACUGCAGCAAAUAAAUGUUGAUCUCACA